GUACAAUUCGUGAACUAUACGAGUUAACCUAACUUUUUUUUUUUUAAGUUUUUCUAAAAGAAAUAAUACUAAAACGUGUGAUUAAUCUCUUAUUUCAGCAAAGAAUGUACCAUACCUAGUUGAUAUAGCCAUUGUGAAAGAUGUGAAAUGUUAAUGUCAUGGAGAAAAGGCUCAAGAAAGUACCAAAAUAAGGAAAUGUAAUCAACCAAGUCCAAAGUUUAAUAAUUUUAUUUAAAGGCUAUUGGUGACGAAAUAAGUGGGAUUUGGCCACCUCGGAAUCCAAAAAGUUUGAACCUGGUUAAAAUCAUGGAUUAGAGAAAUGGUUUUCAUAAAAUUCUGUUACUAACAACUCAUAUAACAAAAAGAGGCGCUUAUAGCUACAUUUUAUUCCUUUAUACUUGGAAUAAAUAUAUUUUAUUAAUAAAAAUUUUAAAUGCAAACAGCGCCAUCUAUUACAGAAUCGCCGAACUGUACCAAAAUAUCAAAUUAUAUUGUAGAUAUACUUAUAUUAUUUUUUUAAACAAACUUUAAAGUUUCUGAAUAAUAAUUUGCAAGAAAUGAAUUAUAUUAGAUUAUUUAAAAAAGAAAAAAAAUUAUUUUUUUUAAAUAAGUGACAUUAAUUGCGCCAUCUAUGAAUCAAAUUUCGAACCAAACAAAACCGCAUCAAAUUCAAACAAUAUAAAUAAUUUAAUUGCUUUUUUAUCAUUUUGUUGCUGUUAAAUCAACGCAACCGGUCAUAAAAACAUAACAAUCUCAUAAAUAAAGUCUAAAAAUAUCAUUGAAAACGCGUUUUCACUCAUUUUAACGAUCCAAAAAUAACAUAACUCCACAGAACAUCCCAAUAAUUUAUUUAAGUUGUUUAAUUUUUCAAUUUAGCAAGAUCGUUCACCGUUUUAAACGAUAAUUAUUCAAGUCCAUGGUUCAAUUCGAGGCGCACGCUACAUCACCAUGAAAUAACAGUUAAUUUUUAAGUUUUAAGGUCGAUACACUAACGGAAGUAUUCAUUUAACGCGUUUUCUUCACUAAAACAUCUUUAGUUGUCAAAAAAAAUAAGUUGUGAAGGCUUAAAGUGUUAAUUGUUAAAUCAGCUGUUUAAAACGCAUUGUUUAAGAAAGAGGAAGGAGAUAAAAAUCCGGUUUUGGUUUCUUGAGAGAAGAAGUUCUCAGUACAAAGAACGCUGAGUCAGGGAGAAGAAUUAUAUUUAUAUAUUUAAAAAUUAAAUAGUUAAAGGAUAAAGAUGAUUAUAAGCGAAGAGAUAAUCGAGUUUAAAACGACCUUUGAACUUGAGUUUUGAUACAAGAGAAGUGAUUUCAUUAAAAUUGUGUUAUUAACAUGGAAAAUAAAAUGUGUAAAGUUGUUUUUGGCUUAUUACUUUGUGGAUUAUCUUCAGGAUUUGUUUUAACUUCUUCUACAAGUGAUGAGUUUGAGAAUGGGUUUUUGGAAAAAGGAAAAACUUGGGUUUAUGAUUAUUCCUCGAAAACUCAGUUGAGUAACAAAAAUGAUCCAAAUCAAAUUGGGUUUUUAUUAAAAGCAACGGUUAUCGUGGAGAGUGUUUGGGAUUCGAGUGAUUUUAAUCGGAUUUUAAAGAUUUCUGUAACUCACCCAAAAAUCUUUUUGCAAUCACCAAAAUCAAGUGAUGAAUCAAAAAUAAAAGAAUUAAACAACGAAGAUUUUUAUGUGUUGUGGAAAAAUGGGGUUGUAGACCGUAUUUUGUUAAGAAAACAAGAAGAUUUAGGCUUGGUGAAUCUAAAAAAAGGAAUCGUAAGUUUAUUCCAACUCAAAUUUGAAGAUCAAACUUUAAAGGAACAAGAUUCAUCUGGAAUUUGCGAUGUAACCUAUCAACAUUUAGAUGAUUUCGUUGAAAAAACGAAAAAGAAUUGCGAAAAUUUCGAUUUAUCUUACGUCUUUAACACGGAACCAAUUUUAAGUACAAAAACGAUUUCUUCAAUUUCAACGAUUUAUAAAAUAAACAAAAAGGAAAUCGAGAAUGCAAUCUCGAAAGAACAUCACGAAAUAUUCUUACAAGCCAAAGAAGAAAUUGGGGGGGAAAUUUUAAUCGAACAAAAUUUAAAGUUAAUUUCGACGAAAAAGAGUGAAAAUGUAAUGAAUCAAAGAACUUAUGAUCAAGUAAAACAAAAAUUAAUCGACGAUUUCGGCGAUUUUAAAGAGGAAAAUUUGCUAACACAAAAAGAUUUUUCAAAUUCCCAAAAACCAAUUUCUUUCGCAAACUUAAUAAAUGAAUUUCGCGACAAUUUGAAGUCGAAAAAUUUGGGGAAACUAAUUUCGGCAAAAACGAUAAUCCCUUUAAUUAACGCUGCCAAAAAAAGUAACAAAGAUGAAAUUUUAAAGGUUUUAAACGCGAAAAAGAACCAAAAAAUUUUACCCCAACUCUACGACAUUCUCGCUUACGUCCAAACCGAUCAAUCUCACGAAGCUGUGAUGAAAAAAUUACACUUCGACGAUUCAAAAAACGAAGAUAAUAAUGAAAGAUAUCUUUGGGGGUGCCAAUUAGUGUCAAAUCCGAACCCUAACAUAGUUAUCGACCUAUUAAAUAAAUUUAAAAAGACUGAAAAUGUACCAAAGAAAAUUCAAGAAACUUUAUUAUUAAGUAUUUCAUCAAUGACAUCGAAAUUAUCUAACUUAAACAAAUUGGGUUACUCGAAAAUCGUUGGAAUCGUUAAAGAAACACUCCUAAAUAACUUAGAUGUAGCUAAUCACGAUGAUAAAAUCAUGUAUUUAAGGGCGUUGAGAAAUUUGAAAUCAUCACAAACGAUUUUUAAGUUACUAGAGAUAAUUAGGAAUAAAAAAAGUGGGGUUAAAGAGGAAGUUUUAGCGUGGAAAGCUUUAAAAAGUAUGAAUAAUUUAAAAGAUUUUAAAGAUGUUUUAAUCGUCGCUUACAAAACUUAUUUCCAAUUGGAUAAAAAGCACGAUUCAAGUUCGAGAACUUUAGCGGGCGAUGUUUUAUUACAAUCCGAUCCAAGUGAUGAUCUUUUAGAAGAUUUUUUACAUUAUUUAUUAAACGAAGAUAAAGAAUACGAAGUUAAAAAGUACGUUUUGCAACAAAUUGAAAUGAUGGCUGAAGAUGAUGUUAAUUUUAAAGCGAGGGUUUUAAAAAUUAUUAGAAAUAAUAAAAAAUUAAAUAAUUAUUCAGGGUUAUCCCCCAAAGGGUUAUCUUUAUCAUUGAGGAGGAAAUUUAUGGAUUCGAAAUCAAUUAAUGGAAGUUUAUUAACAAUACAAGAAAUGUCGAAUGGAAUUGUUAAAAGAGGGAUUGUUAAUGUUGUGAUGGAUCAAAAUAAUGAUAUACAAGAAUUAGCUAGUUUAGGUAUAUUUUCCGGUGGUUUAGGAACUUUCAUGUCAUCAGAUUCAUCUGAAGAAGAUGAAACGACCACAGCAGGGAUGGAACUAGCAAUUUUAGGAACUCAAAUUCGUCCCUUUAUCUUUUUCGAAGGCCAAGGCGAAUUAAUGGGCCACGUUUGGUCGGGAACUGCAUCAGAGCGAACCACCGCAUUUCAAGCGUUAAUUUUAAUACAAGAUCACCAAGAAUAUUUAAGAUUAGGACCGGGAUUUAUCAUCGACGUUGAUUUUAAAGGGGCGGCGUCGUUCGAUUUAGCCGGAAAAAUCGAAAUGUCUUUGUGGAAUAGAAACGCUCAAGCUCUAAUCGAAAAAUCGUUGGGUUAUGAAGGAAUUGGAUCGAUAAUUUUAGAUAAUUCGUUCGCUAAUUUAAAGGUUGAGUUUAAAAUUACGGUUGAACCGAGUUUGUUUUUAAACGCGGAUAUUGAUUUUUCCUCGAAAGUUGCGUUGUGUAUGAGAUUGAGUCAACCUGAAACUGAGUUUAGGAGUGUCAUUAAAAAAGAAAUUAAUGGGAAAGAUGCUUUGAAGAUUAGCCAAAGAAAAAGUAAAAUUCCUGGAAGAACUUAUGCGUUAAAUAAGAAAAACGAUGAGAAAUGUACCGAAAUGUUUAACACGUGAUUAUAAUGUUUUUGGAAAUAUAAAUUUUGAAUUAAAACACCUUUUCUGUA